UACGGAUUGCCUUCUGACCGACAGAUCGAACAAGCCAAUCGAGCGCAGUGCACUCAACUCAACUCAAUUGAACAACUUAACAAAUACCCUACAAGGCACGCACAGUCAGUGCCCCAAAGGAUAACCAGCCCAGUGUCAAGUGUUGUGUGACUUAACCCCCUACAACCAACCAACAAUAAAAAAAAAAGAAAAUCAAAAUAAACAAAUUAACAAUCAUGCUGAAAUUCGUGUGUCUGUUCGCUCUGGUGGCAACCACGGCAGCUGCUGCCUCCGAGGCGGACAGCUUGCUGACGAGCGCCCUGAAAAUGGUCAAGGAUUGCGGCGAACGCUCGAUGGUGUUAUGCAUGAAGGAACGUGCCCUGCACUACUUUGAUACGGAGAACGGCGAUGUGAGGCUGACCGAGGGCAUUGCUCUGGUGAAAACCGAUGACAUACCAGUUGGACGUUCCCUGAAUGAUGUGGCCUUACCCGAGGAGGCAGAGGCACGCGAAUCCGAGGUGGAUUCCCUGCUGGUUGAGCGUGUGGCACGCUUCUUUGGCACACAUACACUGCAAUUUAAGGUGCCCAAGGACUCCAUUCAGGACAUGCAACGCGCCCUCGAGGAAUCUCGCGGCAAGAAGAAGGAGAAGAAGAAGUAUCUGAUGCCCUUGUUGAUGCUCUUCAAGCUGAAGAUGGCCGCUCUGCUGCCACUGGCCAUUGGCUUCUUGGCUCUCAUCUCAUUCAAGGCUCUGGUCAUUGGCAAGAUUGCGCUGUUGCUGUCCGGCAUCAUUGGCCUGAAGAAGCUGAUGGAGUCCAAGAAGGAGAACUACGAGGUUGUUGCGCAUCCACAUUACGAGCACGAGCACAGCUACGGUCGGUCACUGCACGCAAACGAGGCCCAGAACUUGGCCUAUGCGGCGUAUAAGCAAUAAGCGAGUCGAGUUGCCAAAGUGGAACAGCAAUUUAGUGCAAUACACAAAUCAAAUGAAACAAAAAUGAAAAGAAAUGAAAGGGAAAGAGAAAGAGAGUGCGACGCUCUCGUUUAAUUUAUUUUAUUUAUUUAAUUUAUUUAUAGCAUAACUCAAGCAAUGGCGCCAUCAUCAAGAGAAAUCAAUUUGUUACAGUGUUACAAAAUUUGUCAGUACUCAAAUCAUAGCUAAUAAGUUGAAAUAUGGCUGCAGUUGCAGCCGGAGAAAGGGGGCGGCAAUUUUGGGCAGAGCACCAUAUAAACUAAAACUAAACUUAACUAAACUAAACCGUACUUUAGUGACUGCUUUUUUGUAUUAUUGUAAUAAUUUACUGUCAAAAGCUUUACUAUAUACUAUUAACUACUUACUUACUUAUAACUUACAACUUCAAUUUUAUUGUAUUUAUUUGUAUAACUCAAUAAUGUUAAAUCUUGAGCUUAUUAACACUGAACUGCUGCUUGGUGCAGGCCCAAAAAGCACAACAACAACUGUUAAGUCAAUGUUCGCCCCCCACCCCUCAGCAAUGCCUCAACAACACACACAGACACACACACAGAAAAAUCAACUGAAACUCAAUAAAGCCGCAUUUAUCUGUUA